AUGUUUGGCAUUUUUAAUAUAAAAAAAUCUAAAACGUCUGAAGAUGAUACACAGAAGAACAUCUCAAUAAACACAACUAGUUCCUCUCAACAGGUCAUAACCAAAUCCAAUUUAAAUGUUUUGAUAAAUGCAAAUGAUUCUGAUCCAGAUGAUCCAAAUUCAUUUAAUAUUUCACAAAAUAACACUGAUGAGCUAAAUGAUACUUCAAAUAUUCUAAAUUAUUAUUUGAAGCAUUCAGAUACUCAGGCCAACAUUGUUAAGGAUUUAGGAGAUUUAAGCACAGGCCCUGCACAACCAAUUUUACCAGCAUAUCCCAUGACAGUUUUUGGUAGACAAAAUAGAUCAUUUAAUGCCAAAUACUAUAAUGAGUUCAAGUGGAUUGAGUAUAGUAUAGAAAGAAAUGCUGUUUUUUGCUUUUGUUGUCGAAUAUUUGGAUGCAGUUCUACUGAUCAUGUUUUUACCAAAAGUGGUUUUACAAAUUGGAUAAGAUUGGGGACAAAAUUUUCAAAACACUCCAAGCUCAAUGCACAUGCAGCCACACAAACACAUUUAAUUAAUUUAGCUAAAAUGGAUGGACAUAAUUCUAGUAAGAUAACUGGUAAUAUUCUGUGUCAAGUAUCUAAUGCUCACAAAGAUUUUGUCCUAAAGAACAGAUCUUACUUAAAAACACUUAUAGAUAUUUUGUUAUAUUUGGGACGGCAAGGUAUUGCCUUCCGAGGAAAUAUUGAAAACAAGGAUUCCCUAAACAGAGGAAAUUAUUUAGAAGCGUGUAAAUUGAUGUGUGAACAUAAUCCACAAUUUAAACAAGUAUUUAAUGGAGAAAUAAACUAUACAAGUCCUUUGCUUCAGAAUGAACUGAUUGGAAUAUGUGCAGAAAAUGUUCGCAGUAUGAUUGUAACAGAAGUUAAAAAUGCUGGUAGUUUUUCAGUUAUGUGUGAUGAAGCUAGGUGCCAUAAACAGGAGCAGAUGUCACUUUGCAUUAGAUAUGCAAACAAAUUUGAAGUAUUUGAACGGUUUCUAGGUUUUAUUAAUGUAUCUGAAAGUCAAAAUGCUGUUUCUCUUGUAACUGCUAUGUUAUUAUACUUAAAAGUACUAAAGAUUGAUGAUAUUCCAAUUAUUGCCCAAUCUUAUGAUGGUGCAAAUGUUAUGUCUGGUUCCAAAAAAGGAGUACAGACUUUAUUAAGAGAACAUUAUCCUGAUGCCAUUUACAUUCAUUGCAUGGCACACAGAUUAAACCUCGUUGUUAUUGAUAUGUGCAAACAUGUAAAGUACUCCAAAACUGUAUUUAAUACAUUAGAGGCUAUUUAUGUUCAUUUUUCCACUCCAAAAAAAAACAAAAAACUGCAAGAUGUGCAAAAAAAAUUAAAAAUGAAUAAGUUAACUUUAUCAGCUAUUAGCGAUACUCGUUGGGUAUGCAGACAUAAAAACUGCAAAGCAGUUAUUGAAAGUUUUAGUUCAAUUGUUGAAGUUUUAGAACAUGAAGUUGAGGAGGACAAUGAUGGAGAUGUUUCUAGAGCUAUUGGUAUUUUAGCUACUAUUCAAAAAACAGAAUUUGUGGUAAAUUUACAUGUUAUGCACUUCGCAUUGGGUAUAAUAAAUGUUUUAAGUAAUAAGCUGCAAAAUAAAAUGGAAACAUUAGGCCAUGCUGCAAGUACUAUUGUAGGUGUUAUAGGAACAUUUGAAGAAAACAGAAAUUCUGAAUGUUUCUCAGACUUAUGGCAAUUAAUUGAAGAAUUUUCAGACAAGCAAAACAUAAAAUUAGAAUUGCCAAAUAAAAAUUUAAAAAGAAAAAGAAAAGAACCAGACUUAUUAAGAGAUUAUUGUUUAUCAACUACAACAGGUGCUGAAGAUAAUCUAAAUUUAAUCGAAACAGCCAAAGAUUAUUGGAUGUCUCAUGCUUAUUUUCCUGUUAUUGAUGCUAUAAUAAAUGAUAUGAAAACUAGAUUCUCUGUGGAAAGUUUAAAAAUGGCCAAGUCAAUUGAUACAUUUUUAGAUUUACAAUAUGAUAAGGAUUCUUAUUUUGUAAACCACUACAAGAUCUUAUUAAAAAUUGAAGAAGAUGAUCUGAAGUGUGAAUUAAAAGUCGCAAAAAAAGUUUAUGAAAAUCAAAAAGUUAACAACAGUAAAAAACAUAAUGAGCAACUUAAGUCUGUUAUUUCAUAUGAUACAUAUCCAAAUAUAUAUAAGUUGAUGCAUGUUGCAUUAGCUAUACCUAUAAGCUCGGCAACAUGUGAAAGAUCUUUUUCCUCUAUGAGAAGAAUAAAUACUUAUCUAAGGUCCAACAUGGAACAAGAUAGAUUUACCGAUUUAAGUAUUAUAAACAUAGAAAGAGAGUUAUCAAACCAAAUUGAUAAUGAACAAAUUUUAAACAAGUUUUCCGAGAAGGAAAGAAGGAUGCAAUUAUAA